AGGGAGAAACCGAGAAAGCAAUUUAUAGUUUUGGUCUUUUGGAACACCCAAUUUAACAGGUUGAGAAUGAGCGCUAAACCUUCCCCUUGGCGCCAAAAAUUUUUACUGCACAGUCUCAAAUAUACACAAUUCUACCGUAAAGCUUAAACCCUUUCAUACAUUUUCUCUGUCACUCUCCCAUUCUCACCUCAACGAUGAAUCGCCAGAAAUCGAUACUCUCAUUCUUCCAGAAAGCCUCGCUGGAAAACAAAUCUUCCGGUGAGCGCCGACCUACCGAUUCGUCUGUCCGUCAACACGACCGUAAUUUCACGGCCGCCGUCAAUCCUCCAGCGCCGGCGGUAGAAGAUGUCAGAGGAACCGACACGCCGCCGGAGAAGGUGCCGCGUCAGGUUCUACCGGCGACCUUCGCUUCGAGCGGGAAUGGCUUUGCUCCUAACCUCUUUGAGAGCAUCAUGCACAAGUUUGUCAGCGACGGCGAUAAGCUUAGUCAUAGGAGCCAGUCAUCAGAUGACAGUUUGUGUAAGUCUUCUUCACCAUUAUGUGCUAACGGUAAAGGACAGCAUCAGGAGUAUGAAGGAGCUUUUCAACCUAUGGUGAAAAAUACUGCUGUAAGUCUCAAGGCAAAGGCAAAUCAGUUAAAGCCUAUCGAAAUUAAUGAUGAUGUUGUUGGGCCUGAAACACCAGGGAUGCAGCCUCUUGCUUCUCAUGCUAAGCGAAGUCGAGAUGAUGAAUCCAAGUUUCGUUCAUUGAUGGAUUCUGGUAAACGAGUCAGAUUUCUUGAGGAUUCACCAUCACUGAACUUGACUAAGAAGGAAGCAGAAGUGGCUAGCAGGUUUGAGUGGCUUGAUCCUUCUCGAAUCAAGGAUGCAAGUGGAAGAAGGCCCAAUGAUCCUUUGUACGACAGGACAACACUUUAUAUACCUCCGGAUGCUUUGAAAAAGAUGUCAGCUUCACAGAAACAGUAUUGGAGUGUCAAGUGUAAAUACAUGGAUGUUCUGCUAUUUUUUAAAGGGAAGUUUUAUGAGCUCUAUGAAAUGGAUGCUGAAAUUGGCCAUAAGGAGCUUGAUUGGAAAAUAACAUUAAGUGGUGUGGGAAAAUGUCGACAGGUUGGUAUAUCUGAAAGUGGGAUUGAUGAUGCUGUUCAAAACUUGGUUGCUCGGGGAUACAAGGUUGGAAGGGUGGAGCAGUUGGAGACAUCUGAAGAAGCAAAGGCUAGAGGAGCCAACUCUGUUAUUCAAAGAAAAUUAGUUCAGGUCAUCACUCCAUCAACCACUGUGGAGGGUAAUAUUGGGCCUGAUGCCAACCAUCUGCUUGCAAUAAAAGAGGGUAGUACCAGCUUGGAUGAUGGUUCAGUUGUGUAUGGAUUUGCUUUUGUUGAUUGUGCUCGUCUUCGAUUUUGGGUUGGCUCCAUUGAUGAUGAUGCAUCAUGUUCUGCUCUGGGAGCUUUAUUGAUGCAAGUGUCGCCUAAGGAAGUUAUAUAUGAAAGUAGAGGGCUGUCCAAAGGAGCUCAGAAAGCGCUUAGAAAAUUCUCAUUACAUGGUGAGAUGUGAUCUUCUGUUGCUGGUGUGGGGAUAUAUUAAUGUGAUGUACUCUGGGAUUUUAUAUGGGUGUUUCUUUGGCUUGGGAGCUACACAUCAAUUACAGCACUACUUGAAAUUGAUUUUGCACGGUUUUGUAUAGUAAUAAACAUCUUGUGGUUGGAAAAUGUUAUGAUUUAUUUGGUAAUUUGUUUUUCUUAUUUCAAAAUGAACCAGGUUUUAAUAUGUACACAAUAUGAUUAAC